GAUAGAAUAGCCCUUUUCUAAUUGACAUGAAUCUGCGUCCUUCUGCCCCUUUUUUCUUCGGCCAGCAUGGAAGUUCUGUCCGCGGCAAAUGUAGCUCAUCUCACGAAGUCGUAUCGCACUCGAACAAUUGCAACAAUAUCCGUCUGUUUCCCAGUGGCAGUACUUGCUGUAAUCCUUCGCUUCACGGCACGGAGGGUGGCCAGGACCAAGAUCUGGUACGAUGACUGGCUUUCCUGCGCCGGCUUGGUCUUGCUAGGAGUGUUUAUAUCUCUCAUACUUGUAGAUCUCCCAGAUGAUAGUAUUAUUCAGGGGGAUCCUAUCCUACCAAGUCUCCUCUCAGCACACGCAAAAACAGUCUAUAUUGCUGAGCUGUUGUACUACGUUACCCAGCUUAGCUUAAAAGCUUCUAUACUAGCAUAUUACUGGAGGCUGUUUAGCAUGUCUUCAAUGCGCGUUCCCAUAUAUUUUGUUACUUGUUUCGUAGUAGGAUGGUUUAUCGCAUCGAUUUUAGUUGCAGCUUUUCAAUGCAUCCCCGUUGCCUCUCUGUGGACGCCGGCCUUGAAAAGCUCGGCGAAAUGCAUUCAGUUGAGGCCCUUCUUCUUUGGCGUCUCUAUUCCUAACAUCUUAGCUGAUCUCUUUCUUCUUGCGCUCCCCCUGCCUUACGUCUGGAGCUUGAAAAUCAGCAUCACACAAAGGGUUUUCGUUAUCGGAUUCUUCCUUCUCGGUGGCUUUGUCUUGAUCGCAUCUGCUUUGCGUUUGCCGUUCGUACUCCGCUUGGAUCCCAACAAAUUCGCUGCAAAUUGGUCUGUAGAUGACUCUGUUCUCUGGAGUGCGAUAGAGAACUGCAUGGGCGUCGUCUGUGUCUGCCUUCCGUCGCUCAGACCGGUAGUCAGACUUUUCCCUUGCGCAUCAAGUUCGGAUUACCCCAGCGCGCCCGACGUUCGGUACCCUGGAUCGGAGCAGGGUGCGAACAAAAAAGAGCAGCAACAUGAACUGGCCGGGUGGGAACGUGGCCGUGGUCGCGUCAUGGUGGGAGGACCUACCGGGUGGCCCUCGCUUCAGUCGAUGGAGGAGGGGAGCAGCACUGACCAAACCAAAAUCCCGGCGUCAUCUGGCAAUGUGAAGCAGCCGGAAGGGACAGUAUAGUAGGCGUAAUAGCUGUACCUGGAACUUCUGUUGUUAGGCCUCAGUCCAUGAAAUACGGAAUGAUGUUGAUGAUAACGUCUGCUAAAUAGAAGAAAGAUCCUCUAUUCUUCUACAUCUAAAGGCAUAGAUAAGAAAUAUAUAGAAGACAACUAAAUCUAGCUUGUAUUAGAUUUU